GUGUACGGCAGGCUGCAACUCCCAGUUUUGCUUUCCAGUGUGGAUUUACAUGGCCAGAUUUCCGUGGGAAGUGUGAAGCAAGAGAGAGGAGGGUGGCGAGCUUUUCAGGAACCAACAAGACAGACGUAAACAACUUGACUGAACAUUUUUAUGUCGUCGUUGUAUUUUUUCGCCUUUGAAAACAUCAGUUUUCGCAACUUUUCGUUGCCGCUACACUCUCCGUUUGACUUUUUUCCGUGGUAAGGCAGGCUAAGAGUUUUCGGACUAGCAAAGCAGCAGUUAACGCCGGUUCGAAGGGCUGUGGUCAUGGCCGGAGGAGGUGGUGGUGGUGGCGGCGGGCUUUCUCUACUCGGGCCCGCACCGCCGAUGUGGUAUCACCGGGAUCUGAGUCGAGCUGCGGCCGAGGAGCUACUGGCUCGCGCCGGGAGAGAUGGCAGCUUCCUGGUACGGGACAGCGAAAGCGUCAACGGGGCUUACGCUUUGUGUGUACUGUUUCAGAAACAUGUCCACACGUACCGGAUACUCCCAGAUGAAGAUGGAUUUUUGGCUGUUCAGACGUCUCAGGGCGUGCAGCCUAAGCGGUUUAAAACGUUACCAGACUUGGUGUCAUUGUACCUCCAACCCAGCCAGGGUCUGGUGACCACCCUGCUUUUCCCCGUUGACCGAGAGGAAACCACUAUCCUCGACGACCGCGACUAUUCGGAUGGUGAGGAUGAGAAGCCGCCUCUUCCCCCACGCUCAGCUUCCACUUCUACUCCUCCUGGAUCUGACAUGCCCACUGACAGUCCCCCGACAGCGAAUGGCCUGAGCACCAUAUCCCAUGAGUAUCUGAAGGGCAGCUACGCUUUGGACCUCGAAGCCGUCAAACAGGGAGCCUGCUCGCUUCCUCACCUUAACAAAACACUUGUGUCCUCAUGCAAGCGACUCAAUGGGGAAGUGGAUAAGGUCCUGUCUGGUCUCGAGAUCCUGUCCAAAGUGUUUGAUCAGCAGAGUGCCUUCAUGGUGUCGAAGAUGAUCCAACAGUCCGUCAAUCAGGGUGGAGACCAGGAGUUGGAGAACCUGGUGACCAAGCUUGCCAUUCUCAAAGACCUGCUGUCUUCCAUAGAGAAGAAGGCUCUGAAAGCUCUUCAGGACAUGAGUUUGUCCUCCCCGUGCUCCCCCCCUCCUCUCUCCAUGCGUCACAGCAAAGCCAUUCCCGUGCAAGCCUUUGAGGUCAAACUGGACGUCUACCUGGCAGAGCUGACUAAAAUAGGCAAGAGUCAGAAGUACACACUGUCUGUGGACGUGGAGGGAGGGCGACUGGUAGUGAUGAAGAAGGUGAAAGACAGCCAGGAAGACUGGACGACAUUCACACAUGACAAAAUCCGUCAGCUGAUCAAGUCUCAGCGGGUGCAAAAUAAGCUCGGCAUUGUUUUUGAGAAGGAAAAGGACAAGAACCAAAGGAAAGACUUUGUAUUUGCUAGUGCCAAGAAACGGGAGGCCUUUUGCCAGUUGCUACAGUUGAUGAAAAACAAACAUUCCAACCAGGAUGAGCCCGACAUGAUCUCUGUCUUCAUUGGCACGUGGAACAUGGGCUCUGUGCCUGCACCCAAGUCUGUGGCUUCCUGGGUGUUAUGUCGAGGACUCGGAAAGACUCUGGACGAGAUGACCGUCACUAUCCCAAAUGACCUGUAUGCAUUUGGAACACAAGAGAACUCUGUGAAUGAUCGCGAGUGGGUGGAGUCGAUACGGGCCAUGUUGAAAGAGCAAACAGAAUUGGAUUAUAAACCAAUAGCAGUGCAGACGCUAUGGAACAUAAAGAUUGCUGUGCUUGUGAAGCCGGAACAUGAGAACCGCAUCAGCCAUGUGGGAAUGUCCAGCGUUAAAACCGGCAUCGCCAACACACUUGGUAACAAAGGUGCUGUUGGUGUUUCGUUCAUGUUCAAUGGAACAUCUUUUGGUUUUGUCAACUGUCACUUGACUUCAGGGAAUGAAAAAAUUGCAAGGAGGAAUCAAAAUUAUCUCGACAUUCUGCGCCUCCUUUCGCUUGGAGACAAACAACUAAGCUCAUUUGACAUUUCACUACGCUUCACACAUCUGUUCUGGCUGGGAGACCUCAACUACAGGCUGGACAUGGACAUACAGGAGAUACUUAACUACAUAAACAGGAAGGAGUUUGAUCCACUGCUGAAGGUGGACCAGCUAAAUCUGGAGAGGGAGAAGAACAAAGUGUUUCUACGUUUCGCGGAGGAAGAGAUCUCCUUCCCACCGACCUACCGAUACGAACGGGGCUCAAGGGACACGUAUGUUUGGCAGAAGCAGAAAGCAACUGGGAUGAGGACUAAUGUUCCAUCCUGGUGUGAUAGGAUUUUGUGGAAGUCUUACCCAGAAACGCACGUUGUUUGCAACUCCUAUGGGUGCACAGAUGAUAUAGUGACCAGCGAUCACUCCCCUGUGUUUGCAACAUUUGAGGUGGGCGUGACGUCACAGUUUGUCUCCAAGAAAGGGCUUGCGAAAUCUUCAGAGCAAGCUUACAUCGAGUUUGAGAGCAUUGAAGCCAUAGUGAAGACUGCAAGCAGAACCAAGUUCUUCAUCGAAUUCUACUCUACUUGUUUGGAAGAGUUCAAGAAGAGCUACGAGAACGACAGUCAGAGCAGCGACAACGUCAACUUCCUGCGUGUGGGCUGGUCCAAUAAACAGUUGACUACGCUCAAACCGCUUCUGUCGGAGAUCGAGUACCUGCAGGACCAACACCUGCUGCUCACUGUGAAGUCCUUGGAUGGAUAUGAAUCCUACGGAGAGUGCGUGUUAGCGUUGAAGUCCAUGAUUGGCAGCACGGCACAGCAGUUCCACACCUACCUGUCUCAUCGCGGGGAGGAAACUGGAAACAUCAGGGGAUCAAUGAGGGUUCGAGUCCCUUCUGAAAGGAUGGGAACCAGGGAAAGACUCUAUGAAUGGAUCAGCGUGGACAAAGAUGAAACGGGUAUACCCAAAGGGAAAUCGACCCAGGCAUCCAGAGUGGGACAUGAAUAUGUGAAGCCACCUUUGGUUCGUAAGCAGCUAGGGGAGCUGGGCAAGGUCAGUGAAGAGGCAGAGAAGACCAGCAAGGAGGAAACGGCUGCAAGACCUAAACAGGAUUGUGAUGGUGAUCCAUCUGUUGGCAAGAACAGCUACAAUAACCCCGCCUACUACAUUUUGGAGGGUGUUCCCAAUCAGUCGGCUGCUGCUAUGCCGUCUGAGCUUCUCCCAUCAUCCGCCACCCCCAACCCCCAGGCCACGAAAGCCCUCCCUCCUGUGGCUGUAGCUCGGACCAAACCCCCUUGCACCCCCGUUGCACAAUGCCACCCACGCAGACCCAUGACAGGUCACUCUGUGCGUGCCAUCAGUGAGGAGGGCUCCUCAGAGGACGAUGGAGGAGUAUGUGUAGGAGGAGCACACGGGGGAGCCACGGUGGGGAGCACACUCAAUCGCCCUCCUCCGGAUUUCCCACCCCCUCCUCUUCCGAAGGGAGCGAUGGAUAUGACUGUAGAGGCACCUUUCCUAAAACCUCGCCCACUUCACCCAGAUCUAGCUGAGGUCAAGAUCCCUGCAGCCGGUCCUGGUUCUCCGUUGGCUAUUGGAGAAAGUUUCAGGCGAGGAGGAGGCGGUGCCGUCGUUGGAGGAGGAGGCGCACUGGACGAUCAGUCUUGUUCUGUGCUUCAGAUGGCAAAGACUCUAAGUGAGAGCGAGUUUUCUGGACAACCUCCACGCGCUCCUUCUGCACCUCCUCCCCUCAGGGGGCAGGCUUUGGGUUUAGGUCUGGAGGCCUGCCGGACCUUCCCACCCAGAAAUGCCAUCACAGAAAGUAUCGCUGAGGACCUUCCUGAGGAGGCUUUUUGGGGUAGCAGUAGCUCCUCUUUGUCCGUGGGGGAGUCUUCCGUGGGGGAAUGGCUGCAGAGACUGGGACUUGAGCGAUAUGAGCAGGGACUGCUGCACAACGGCUGGGACGACCUGGAGUUUCUCAGUGACAUCACAGAGGAGGACCUCGAGGAGGCAGGGGUGCUCGACCCCUCUCACAAGCGUAUCCUGCUGGAGAGUCUCAGACAACAACAGAAACUGUAGACCACAACGGCGUCACGGCCGCUCUCUAAAGCAGCCCCGAGUGGGGAUUGUGCCAUCCGAUGUCCGACAUUGCCUCCUGAGAGAACAUGAACUUCAUCUCUAUCAUUUCAAAUGUCUUUUCAGAGGUGCGGUCAACGGUUGUUGCUGUAGUCGUACGUAGCCUUAUUCGGAGUCGACGGGAUGCGGCGUCACAGCAUGGCCUUCUGCUCGAAAAACCUAGCGAGAAGAACUAGGACAUCACAGGACUCUUCCAAGUGUGUUAUGGUGUCUUUUGUGACCGAGUGCCAACAUUUAAGACACAAAGCGGGGGCAUGUCUCAGGUUUUUCCACAGCAAUGGCCGCAAUGUGGAGGAAGUCACUCCAGUUAAAAGUCAAACCACAAAGACGCAAACAGAAAGUGGAAGGUUACUUUGAGAUGGUGAAUCAAGGACCUACCUAAAGUGGACUGAACUUAUUCUUGUCCGUUUCAGUGCUGAUAUGACCAGCCUACCUAUUGUUUGAGUGUUUAUGUGUAUUUAUAGUUUAAAAAAAUAUUCUUGUAAGGAUAAAGGGAAAAAGUGCCAACCAAUACCGACCUGAAAGUGUAUGCAAGGUCCGCUGCGGUUCGCAGUUUGCAUUUCAUGUUCUGAAGGUUUCAUUUCUCAUGUCCACACUAUUUCACUGUGACAGCACAACCCACAUUCGCGGGACUUUAGGUCAUAUUUAUUCAUACCUAAUUUUCUAACAUUCAAAUAAGUAAGGAUUUAAUAAACCACACUGAUGUCUUGAAACUUUUGGUUGACAAAAACUGCUUUGUCACAUAACAAAAGUAUUUCUCUUGCCCUUUUCACCCUAGUGUGUUGUUGAUGUUCCCUGAUUCGACCACUAGAUGGUGCUGUUACAGCAUUAGCCUCAACCAGCCGCUGACAGGGAAACCUGAUGACGACGUUCACUUUGGUUAGUAAUCAAUAAUGUACAUUUUCUUUAAAAACUAUUCAUAAUGACAGUGUUGUUACUACAAACAAUAUAUAUUUUUUAGAUCUUUAAAAGCCAUUGCAGUGUUUUAAGGGAUAUGACAAAUUAACCCUUGUUAAAAUAAUAAAAUUGUGAGAUUUCCACUUCUUACAUAAUACACACUUUUGUUCAAACACUCUUAAAAAUGCUGGGUUAUUUUUUUUACCCAAUCGCUGGGUUGAGCCUGUUGGGUCAUUUAAUUGGGUUAUUUUUAUUGAGUUGGGUAUUCUGAGAACCCAAUUCGCUGGGUUAUCUCUGUUGGGUGCUGAGUUAUUUGCUGCUGGGUUGUGAUUUCCAUUAUAUUGUGCUGGGUUAUUUUGGACAACCCAAAGCGUUGGGUAGAAUUUUGAACACGAGUAACAAAGC